GUCCCCCCACCCCCCCACCCCCCCGCCCCCUGCCUGGCUUUGGGGCCACGGCUUCCUGCUGGGGAAGAGGCUGGAGGGGCAUCAGCUGUACCAAGAGAGACCCCCUCAGGGAAGGAAGGGGAGUAGCGGCCACUUCGCGGAGGCUCCUACUGUGGGUGAGUGUCCCUCUGGUGACCAAAGCAGAGGAAAUGGUGAGGAGGGCAGGCUGAGACCUGAGGGUCCAGAGUGACCAAGCUCCUUACCUCCCAGACAUUUGCCACUCCAGCACCCACUCCUUAUGCCUUGAGACGACACAAGCACACAGCACCCCCUGCUAAGCUUUGCCCCAAGAGGCACCUGUGAAAUGGGCCGCAAGCCCAUUGAGUAUCUGGUACUGGUUGGCAGUAGUUGGGGUGCCGUCAUUACUUGGCUGUGGCCUCGGUGGUAGAGCAUGGAGAGCCACUCUGGUGGGCAGAAAGUUUGGACUGGAUUGGCAAGGUACAGCCAGUGGGCUGGCAGUCUGUUUUUGUGAAUAGUUUAUUGGAACAUGGCCAGGUCUGUUUGUUUAGAUAUUGCGUAUGGCUACUUUCACACUAGAACCUCACAGUUGAGUAUGACUUUAAAGUCUAAAGUAUUUACCAUCCGGCCCUUUAAGAAAAAGUGUGCUGACCCCUCUGAGAUAUUCCUAAUACAUGCUGUCUAUUCCCCACACUUGCCCUUCCUCUCCCCUCUUCCCUUACCUGUGCACCUCCCUCCUGACUCUGCAUCUCCCACACAUCUAGCUCACCCCAGGCUGGGUGCUUCCCAUACAUGGGGACUCUUCUCUGACAGAAAACAUUCCAGAACCCAACAAAUACCCGAGGGUUGGUCUCAGCAGAACCCUUACCUGGCCCCAAGCUGUGAGAUCCUUCCUAGGCCAAGGGAACAAGGUGUUAGUUAACGGUGAGCAUAGCUUCCUGGGACCCCUAAAUCUGUUAGGGACCUGAGAGAUUGAGAAGGCCGGUCUGGGCAUGGGAUUUCUGUCACUUCCCGGAAUGGCCAGGCCAGGAGCUAGGGACAGAGCUGCGCUCCCAGUGGAGUGGGGAUGAGGGGGCUGUUGAAUGAGCAGAUAAUUCUAGGGCACCGCUAUGCCCUGAGGGGAGCCUGGGAGCCAGGAAGCCCCAAAGAAAUAGCCCCUCUCCUGCCUGCUGUCCAUCCAGUUUCAGACCCAGGCCCAGGGACACAUUGUACCCCCUUUCCUUCAGGCUCCAAACCUUUGUGAACAAAACCUAAACCCUUUUUCUUUGUUCCUUCUGCACGUCUGAGCUAAGGGGUUCUUUUCAGGGGAAGGUCAGGAGCAGAGGGAACCCUGGGUCCUGAAGACAGAGCAGCAUUCCUGCUGCACUGUCACUAGGUGGCACUCUCCAGGUGCUGACUCCUGCUCUGGAGGUCGCUGGGUGUUUCUGACACUUGCAGGCCAUUCACGGGUCCUGUUCCAGCCUCAGCAUCUGUACUGACUCCACAGUGAUGCGUUUUAUUCCAGCCUCAAAGGCUGUGGCCGCACACACUCUGAAUCCCACCAGACCUGACCAGCUCUCUCUGCCCCCUUCAGACUCUGUAGUUCAGGGCAUUUUCCCAGGGAGAUCAUUGGGAGAGACCACCAGGGACUACCUGGAGCUGUAAUGACCUGUAAUUACCUGCCUAAUUGCCCUUCUCCUCCUCAAGCUGUCCUUGAGGGCAGGACUGUCUUAUUCUCCUCUGGAGCCCUGAGCAGAGGGUGUUUGGUGGUAAAUGACGUACAGCCAGGAGAGAGUUGUCAUCGCUGUUCACCCCAAAACCUGAUGCAUUGAUUCCGACUCAUAGUAAUCCUAAAGGACAGAGUAGAACUACCCCACAGUUUCCAAGGAGCGCCUGGUGGAUUCGAACUGCAGACCUUACGGUUAGCAGCCGUAGCUCUUAGCCUCUACUCUACCAGGGUUUCUGGUAGUUUGUCUAGUGGGUGCUUUUUAGUCUCCAGCUUCCCUGGUGGGAAGCUAGGGAGAAGGAUGCAAGCAGACGUGUGCCCUGGUGAGUGGAGGGAGGUUCAGAGAGAGGAGCAGCCUUCCUCUCUCUGGCCUUGUUCUGAGCGGUACCAGCAUACUAAGGCUCUUCUAAAUGGGAAGAGAGACACUGAGGAGGCACAGGGUAGGGCCGAAGAAUGCUGCUUGUUUCCAGGUAGAGUUUUCAGGCCCUUGACUGGCCCUGGGAACAAGCUCAUGCUUGUCCAGGACCAGAGACAAGGGUUGGAACCUAGCACCUCUUGGGGCCUUGCCCUUCUCACCUGGCCCCAGCUCAGGCCAUUCUAGUCGCCUCCCAGUCUAAAAGGGAAAAACUGUGACUUGCCAAGGGUCUCAGACAUUGGCUUGAAGGGCUGCGCCUGUGCUGGAGAGACUAAGCCACUCCCCCACCCCCAGCCCCAAGCAACUGCUCCUAACAGCAGGAAGAUGUCAGCAGGGGCCCUCCAGCCAGCCCAGGGAUGAUGACAGUGGGCAUGAGGUCUGAUGCCUGGACACUGCUUACAUACAGGCUGUGGGCAAUGGGUAGGGGUCCCCCAUCCACUGUAGUACCUAGGAAGAAGAGUGGGUAUUCCUGUUGACUGUGUGCCUUUGACUCGGCCGAGGCCAGGUCGACAUGUGCUCAUGAAUGUGACCCUGGGCAGGGGCUCCUGGCUGAACCCUCUCCCUGAUGGGCUGGCACCAACAUGGAGGUGACAUUUCCCUGCCUUGAACAAGCUCCAGUGUGAGACUGGCAUUGCUCACUGGGGUAAUUACUGGUUUGGGUUCGAUUUCCAUUCAAAACAGUAAUCCCAGCCUGAGCUGGAUGUCAGAUCUGAAGGUUGAUUAUUAGUAACGUUUAUCAACAGCCGCUCUCAGCUUCAGGCAAUUACAGCUAAUCUGCCAUUCCUGCUCCCAGUCGUGCACAACUGCCAGCUUCUCCCCUGCCACCACCCCGCCCCAGCAGCCAGCCUGAGCAAGGGCAGGAGAUGGGAGCCACCUUAUGAGUCACUGUUACCCCAGUAUGUAGGGGGUCCACGUACACGCUAGGCACUGUGCUCCCUCCCCAGCGGCAAUCUUCCUGUUGCAGAGCCUUAUGAAAUCUAAACUGAUUCUAUCAGAACUGAGAGGAAUCCCCGGUUUACAGACAUGGAACUAUGUUUCCCGGCUCUUGUCAUAUUACGCGUUUUCAGUUGCAUUGAGGUUCCUUCCACCCAGACUCAGGCUGUCCCUCCCUUCCAGGGCCAGGACUAAGGUGAAGCAAGUGAGGCAUUCACCUUGGCACAAAAUUUAAGGGUGGAGAUGCGAUGAAAGCUCAGCAAUGAAAAUAAAUAGUAACAAACCAAUUGCCAUUGAGUUGACUCCAACUCAUGGUGACCCCAUGUGUGUCAGAGUAGAACUGUGUCCCAUAGGGCUUUCAGUGGCAGGUAUUUUAGACGUAGCUCUCCAGAUCUUUCUUCUGAGGCACCUCGGGGUAGACGCGAACCUCCAACCUUUCAUUUAGCAGCUGAGCACAUUAACCUUUUGCACCACCCAGGGACUCCAAAAUAAAUAUUUUGAUGCAAUAUUUUUUAAAAUUGUACUUCAGAUGAAGAUUUAUAGAACAAACUAGCUUCUCGUUAAACAGUACACAGAUUGAUUUAUGACAUUAGUUAACAACCCCACAACAUGUCGACACCCUCCCUUCUCGACCUUGGGUUCUCCAUUACCAGCCUUCCUGUCCCCUCCUGCCUUCUAGUCCUUGCCCCUGGGCUGGUGUGCUCCUUUAGUCUCGUCGUGUUUUGUGGGCCUGUCUAAUCUUUGGGUGAAGUUUGAGCAGCAGAAGUGACUUCAUUACUGAGCUAAAAUGGGAUCCGGGGCCCACACUUUGGGGUUUCUCCAAUCUCUGUCAGGCCGAUAAAUCUAGUCUUUUUUUGUGAGUUAGAAUUUUGUUGUACAUUUUUCUCCAGUUCUGUCCAGGACCCUCUAUUGUGAUCCCCAUCAGAGCAGUCAGAGGUGGUAGCCGGGCACCAUCUGGUUGUACCGGACUCAGUCUGGUGGAGGCUGUGGUAGUUGUGGUCCAUUAGUCCUUUGGAGUAAUCUUUCCCUUGUGUCUUUAGUUUUCUUCAUUUUUCCUUUGGAUGCAAUAUUUUUUAAGAAUCAAAAGUAAUGCAGAAAUAUCCAUAAUGAACAAAAUAUGAAAAUUUGAAUAGACAGGAACCAACCUUGCAUUUACAAGUCUCAGCCUCACUUGCCUCACACUAAUCCCAGCCCCAUCGGAUCCUGUUCUUAUUUAAAAAUUUUGAUAUUUUGUUUAUCAAGGUUGUUUUUGCAUUAAUUUUUAUUUUAUAUUAUUUGUCUUGAUUACUGAAUUUUUUUAGUAUACCCCUUAAAUUGUGCACCCCAGGAGAGUGCCUCACUUAGCUCACCCUAGUCCUGGCUCUGCUCCUCUCCCUUCUUGCUGGGCCCAAACACCUCCCCUUCCCUGCAGCUCUCACUGUCCUUUUGUCUCAGGUGGGUGGCUCAGCUUCUCUCUGAGCUGAGGCCCAGAGCAGCAGAGAGUCCAGGGGGCCCCCACCCUGGGCAGCCGUUCCGAGGUGCCUGUCCCCUGCUCUGUCCCUCUGGACCCUGCUUCAGCCUUCAGACACCACAAGGAGGGCCUGCAGGCUGCCAUGGUAACUGCUGUGGUAAUUAGAGGACAGAACAUUCUGGUCUUCCUCCACUCCCAUAUCACGUCCAGUCCCUGAUUUACUAACCCAAAAGGGAACUAAAACAUUGCAGAGAAUGUAUGGAGCUGGGGAAAAUGACAUUCGUCUGAAUUCCUCCCAGGAAGAGGACAGUCUGUGGCUGAAGGAAGACAGUGAUAGUCUGUAAUGGGGAGGGGAAGCCCUACAGUAAACACGGAUGCGUGCUAAACAGACUUCUGCAGAGGAUAGGUCUAAUGAACUGAAGGGCUUUCGUCUGGCUGAGCAGCAUCUUGAUAAGCUGCUCACCAAAGAAUAUCCUCCCCCAUGCCCUCCCACCAGGCUUGUCUAAGACUUAAACAAAUAUUUUAAAAAUAUCAGUGUUGAAGCUAUCGCUUGUCCAAAGUGCCAAAUUGUAUCUGGGGCUUGAGGCAUUAUCACGUUGAGGUCCAGGCCACAGCCACUUGACCACUCAGUGUCUAGACACCUAUCACAGUGGGAGGCCCAAGGGUCUCCAGUGGAAUGGUUCAGAAGCAUCGUCUGAGGACUCCCCAGCACCACAGAGCUGGCACACCCUCCGUCCACCCAGCUUGGCAGUAGGUCAUUAGUCCCUGCUCUGCUACUUCCUGGGCAAGCUGCUUCCCCACUCUGAGCCUCAGUUUCCCCAUAUGUGAUAUGUCGAUAAUAAUGCCCUCCUUAGAGGGUGUGCUUGCCAUUGAAUAAGCCAAAUGUAUAUAAAAGUGCUGUGACACCAUGAAGAGCUGUGACCAUGUGGCCAUUAUUCAAAACCCCUAACGGCUGUCCCAUAACAGCAGACUGGAGAGUCAUGUUCUGUGAGGCCCUAGAAGACAGAAUUAGAGCCAAAGAGAGGAGUCUUUGGGCUAGGAGUAAAGAAGAAAUUGCCAGCUGUGCAGAGGUGGAGGGACAACUCUGGCAAGAGAGGGUGCCCUGACACUGGGAGAUUUUCAUAAUCACCUGUCCAUCACUUCCCUUUCCCCAGGGAGGGAGUGACCCUUCAGAGAUGCUGUUUAUCCAGCCCUGAGGUUCUGUGAGGCUUUUUGACCAUCCUUCCUCAGUCCAGCUGGGCACCACGGGCCAGCCUCAAGGUGAGGAUGGGCCUCCUUGGAGGACGUGGCUUCGCCUCCAGUUGAUAUGACAUCUUCCUGGCUCACUUUCCCUGGUUUAAUACUAUAGACCAUUGUAUAACCCUGAGCUUGGGCAGGAAGGAGACCAGGGAGGGCGCCAUGCUUCCUGUGGCCACCCACACUUGACCAAGUGCUGAUUGGAACAUUGGCUUUGAAAUGCCCUUUGACUCUGAUCGAAAGGUUCCAGCCCAUCUGCAGCAAAACAGAGGACAUUGAAAGUCUGUGAGAGAUGGAGGGAUGAGGGUCCCAGUUCCAAGCGCACACACACAUGCUCUUCCCCACCUGGGAGCUGCCAUGUGCAGUGUGUCUGCGGUUGGCUUUGGAGCUUUGAGGCAUUGUGCUGAAGUGGAGAGAGUGGCAGACUAGGUGUCAGGAGACCUGGUCUUGGCCUGACCCUUCCUCUCUGUGAGCCUGAUUUUUCCAUCUGUCACAUGAGGAAGUAGGAUGAGAUGCCCUUCUCAGCUGACAGUUUGUGAUUCUUCUGUUUUCUGGAAGCCGUAAGAGUUGAUAGAAUGAGCUCACCUUUGCAUCCUCCUCCCCAUGCCACUUACAGUCUCUCCGUCAGCCUUUACCUGUCCUCUUGGCAGACUUGGGGACCAGGGUCCUGUCAGGGUGGGGUCAGCAAUGUCCAGUUUUUCACCUGGGCACCAUUUUUCCAUCAUAAAUUUGAAAUUGAAUCCCAAAGGUUCUUAAUUAUUAUUCUAAGCUCUCAUUGAAAAUCUGAGUAUCAAUUUUAUAAAAAUGUGGCUGAGGAUGGGAAAGGAAGGGGAAGCAGUGGGGCUAUAGGUAGGGAAGGGAGAAACAGAAGGUGAUAUGAUCAGGGAAUUAGAGCGGGGCUUGAUGGAUGAGGCUGGAGUUGUUCACAGGAUCUAAGUCACCAAGAGCCUCUGGGCCAGGUAAAGUAGCUUAGAUUCUGUCCUGGAGGUAGGGUGGUUGGAGGGGGCAGGGUGGCUACUGAAGGGUUUAAGCAGGGCAGGGGACAUGAUCAAAUUUGCAUUUAGAAAGCUCACCCUGGUGCUAGUGUGAGGAUGGGUUUGAGAGAAGCAAGUUGGAGUUAGACACCAUCCCAGAAGCUGAUGCCAAGAUCGAUUUGGGCAACUGACACAGAGGCCCAAAAUGAGGAAGUGGGUGUAGUGAAGGGGGUGGGUAGAGUUGGAGAUGCUUGGCUGAUAGCAUCAGAAGUGCUUGAUGAUCAUCUGGAUUUGCAGAAGACAGUAGUCAGGGAAAAGAAGGUGCCUUGCGGGGGAGGGGGGGCUGGGUGGUGUAUUCACUGACGCAGAAUACAUAGAAUGAAUGAUCAGACUUACACAAAGUCCAGAACUGUAUUCAUCAGGGUGUGGUGCUGUGGGACAUCCGGGAGAAUGUGUCCAGAGAGCAGGUAGAUAAAGGGGUCUAGCCUUCAGAGGAGGAGUGGAUGCAUGAUGCAGGGUUGGAAGUUCUCAACCCUUGAGAAGGGUUAUGGGAGGUAAAGCCCUGCAAGGGGAUCAGAUGACCCAGGUGCAUUACGUGGAGUGGAGUGAGAGGACCAGAGGCUGAGGACACAGAUGAGCAAAUCCUAGGCCCCUCAUCAGCCCCUAAAAGGCAGAAUGUGUGUGUCCCUCCCAGCACAGAGCCUACCACUGACCCUUAGCACACAGCUGGCCACAGAUAGGCCGUCAGUGAAUGUGUUCUCUGGCUUGCGGUUCCUCCCACUGGAGCCUUAGUGCACCUGGCUCUGCCUGGGUUACUAUAGUAACCUAGGGAUGCAGGGAUGCAUGGGCUCUGUGUUGCCGUGGAAACCAGCAGUUGGGUAUCCCUCAGUGGCAUGGCUGCUGAGCCCUUGGGGAUUCAUCCUGGUCCUAGAGGGGUUGGAAGGUAGGCUGUGACAAACACAAAGGUUUCCAGGUCCUAAUUAAUCAGUGGUGGUUGUUAUUAAUCCGACUGUUGCCAUGGUGAUGAAGGAAGAUACACAAGUGGGCUCAUGGUAGCUUCAGUACUGAGCUAAAUGAUAUAAGGAAAUUUCAGCCUUAAGUAGGAUCAUCCCUAGACUCACUCCAUCCUCUGGCCACCAUGGGGCCAGGACACCUUUGCCUUCUUUCUGGGUUUCCACACUUUUGCCAAGACAGGGAUUUUGUUCCCAGGAGGCACUCCCGGGCACAUGGGAGCUCCGCAUUCAAAGCAGCACAGAAAACCUGGGCCCCUGAAACAGGGCCACCGGGGCCACCAAAGAGAUUGGAGAACAACCAGGAGGAGAAACUACUUGAAGGACGCAAGGGAGAUCGCUCGUGUCUUAGAUGAUGAGGGCAGCAGCCUCAGACAGCAGAAGCUUGACCGGCAGCGGGCCCUGCUGGAGCAGAAGCAAAAGAAGAAGCGCCAGGAGCCCCUGAUGGUGCAGGCCAACGCCGAUGGGCGGCCCCGGAGCCGGCGGGCCCGGCAGUCGGAGGAGCAGGCCCCUUUGGUGGAGUCCUACCUCAGCAGCAGUGGCAGCACCAGCUACCAAGUUCAAGAGGCCGACUCACUUGCCAGUGUGCAGCUGGGAGCUGCCCACCCAACAGCACCAGCCUCAGCCAAAAGAACCAAGGCAGCAGCCGCAGCAGGGGGCCAGGGUGGGGCCUCUAAAAAGGAGAAGAAGGCGAAGCACAAAGGCACCGGCGGGCCAGCAGCACUGGCAGAAGACAAGUCUGAGGCCCGAGGCCCGGUGCAGAUCCUGACUGUGGGCCAGUCAGACCACGCCCAGGAUGCAGGGGAGAUGGCAGCUGGUGGGGGCACGCCACCCAGCGGGCAGGACCUCCGUGCCACGAUGCAGAGGAAGGGCAUCUCCAGCAGCAUGAGCUUUGACGAGGAAGAGGAGGAUGAGGAUGAGAACAGCUCCAGCUCCUCUCAGCUAAACAGCAACACCCGCCCCAGCUCUGCCACUAGCAGGAAGUCUGUCAGGGAGGCAGCCUCAGCCCCAAGCCCAACAGCCCCAGAGCCACCAGUGGAUGUUGAGGUCCAGGAUCUUGAGGAGUUCGCACUGAGGCCAGCCCCCCAGGGUAUCACCAUCAAGUGCCGCAUUACGCGGGACAAGAAGGGGAUGGACCGGGGGAUGUACCCCACCUACUUUCUGCACAUGGACCGUGAGGAUGGAAAGAAGGUGUUCCUCCUGGCGGGAAGGAAGAGAAAGAAGAGUAAAACUUCCAAUUACCUCAUCUCUGUGGACCCAACAGACUUGUCUCGAGGAGGGGACAGCUACAUCGGGAAACUGCGGUCCAACCUUAUGGGCACCAAGUUCACUGUUUAUGACAAUGGAGUCAACCCUCAGAAGACAUCAUCCUCUACUUUGGAAAGUGGAACUUUGCGUCAGGAGCUGGCAGCUGUGUGCUACGAGACAAACGUCUUAGGCUUCAAGGGGCCACGGAAGAUGAGUGUCAUUGUCCCAGGCAUGAACAUGGUUCACGAGAGAGUCUCCAUCCGGCCCCGCAACGAGCAUGAGACACUACUAGCACGUUGGCAGAACAAGAACACGGAAACUAUCAUCGAGCUGCAAAACAAGACACCUGUCUGGAAUGAUGACACACAGUCCUAUGUACUCAACUUCCAUGGGCGCGUCACACAGGCCUCCGUGAAGAACUUCCAGAUCAUCCAUGGCAAUGACCCCGAUUACAUCGUGAUGCAGUUUGGACGGGUAGCAGAGGAUGUGUUCACCAUGGAUUACAACUACCCGCUGUGUGCGCUGCAGGCCUUUGCUAUUGCCCUGUCCAGCUUCGACAGCAAGCUGGCCUGUGAGUAGAGGCUUCCUCGUGCCCUUUGCGGUUACUCGGCCUGGAGUGGAGCUUGCCUGCCUGCCUGCCUGCCUGCCUGCCUGCCUGUGGAGACAGCCCUGCCUACCUUCUGUACAUAGGCCUCCUGCCAGAUGAAUCUUUGGCUCGGAGCAGGCUCCUCUGCCCCUGUAGCUGAGGCAGGGGAGUGGGAGUGAGUGGGUGGGUGGGGUGAAGGGACCAGAGUGAAUUCCUCCAUGCCCCAUGAUCAGUCCCCCCUCCCACCCUCUCCUGGGUUAGCAUCCUGCUGCAGUCGUGUUUGCCAAGCCAGGCAACCUCUUCAGCUGAGAAGGCAGGGUGAGGGUGAGGGAGAGGAAGCACAAUGCAGGGCUGCUGUGGCCCAGCCAUCCACUCAGCCCAGGAGUCAGAUGACAGCAGGUGCCCCAACAAUGAGGGGCACUGUGUGUGUGUAUGUGCGUGUGUGUGUGUGUAGGGCACAUCAACUUUACAUAGCAAAGGGCCCGGUGGCCAGGCUUGGCUCUUUGGUUUCCUGCCAGGUGUUGAGGCUCUGAGCAAUUCAAGAGGCCAGGCAGGCCCCUUACAACUUCAGAAGGCCCCCUAACUUCAGAAAGUCCCAGCCAGGCCCAGGAGAAGUUAGGAUCAUAGUGACAGGGUGUGGGCUCAGAGGGACGGUGAGUAGUAGGACCUUGCCAGGAUCACACAGGCCUGGCUGUCUCUGGGCUGUGGGAACUAGCUGGGAGCCUAGGGUUCGAGUUCACUUGGUUUCUCCAGGUUUGCUCUGCACUGGCAGGGGCACUGGGAAACACUCAAGGUCAGAUGUCUCAGUGGAUGGGGCAUGCAGGACGGAGGCUCAGCAUGCAGGAAGCACAGGGAACAAGCUCCCGGGGUCCUGCCCCAGGAACACCCUGCUGGGCAGUCCCAGCCACACCCAGGAAACAUGGGUGAGGUCCCAGCCACUAGCCCCAGUCUGCACACGGCAAAGCAGGCCUAGGGCUCUUAACGGGAAAGGGCCAUCCUAAGCCAUGACAUGCUCCAAGAAUCUCUCUCUGGAAAGACCUAGUCCGGGUGCUCUUGCCUGCGAUUCAGCUCCCACUGCUGUCAGCCUAGGUCAUGGUUGGUGAGGGCUUCAGGGUGUGGCUUUUGAAGGUGAUAGGGUUUCUGUGUGUAGUUCUUUUUGGGUGGCAAUGGGACAGGGUGAGAAGCAGGGAAUAUUUUAGGAUCACAAAAGGUUAGAUGUGACAGAACUCUUAGAAAUCAACUAGUACAACCCCAUCAUUUCAGGCGAAUCACACCCAGAAAAUGGGACUUGCCCAGGGUCACCUAGCUGGUUAGUGGCAGAGUUCAGAACCUUAAGCUCCCUUGUUUUCGUUGUUACCACUGUCACCCCCCGUGAAACUGGUUAUCUUCAGCUCUCCGGGGGCCCGUUCUGCAUGCCCUCUCCCCCUUUCCCUGAUUGAGGAGACUUAGAAAUGUCAGAGUUCACGUGUAAAACUGAAAUCAUUUCAGUAGGAAAUUGGGCUUUUUGCACGUCAGUCUGAUCAGGAUUGGCUUGUGGCUGGCCCCUCCGCGAGAGUUGCUUGGCAGCCGCGAGCAGACCUUAGAGAGCCUGCUGCAUGUCUCUCUGCCUAGAUGUGGUAGAUAAGGUGUGCCUGUUGCAGGGCUGAGCCUGAUCUCUCCGUCCACUGCCAUACUUCUCCUUGGAUGGCAUCGUCCACCCUACAGGCCUGGGUCUUCUAAGCUCUUGCUUGUUUAUCAUUUGCCCUGGAAGAGUCUUCUUGCCCAGAUGGAGGUCAGAAGUCAGUGGGAAGCAAGCAGGAGUUGGACCUUGUUUUAGAGCAGAUGUGCUUGGGAAGGUUAAGUAGCAAUUGAUUAAAAAAAAAAAAAUCGUAUUUUAAAUAUGUGAGACCCUGUAGGUGAAGGAGCUGUUUAACUCCUUAAAUGGAAGUGUAGUAUGCUUUUCUGUCUUUGUAAUCCAGGUCUUGCUGUGUUGAUUGCUUUAAGCAAGGCACACCUAUGCUUGCAUGGAUCUGCUCUCAUCACAGACAGAGUUCUCUGAGAGAGACUUCUCCAGUUAUCUAGCUUUUUAAAAAAACGUGGUCUAGUUUCUAGACAACUCUUGGGGGCCAUUUUGAGGACACUAGAAGUUCUGUGCUGGGACUGAUCCAUUCCCUACUGAAAUUCUGUAGUGCCCUCCUCCUUUCCACAGUCCUAGUUUGGCCCUCCUUCCCUGACUUUAAUGAGACGAGACCUGCUGACAUGUAAGCUGGUGGAAACUCGGUGAUUUCCAAGGUCUAGGCAAGCUGUUUCUCUGGGUCUAGAAUUUUAAGGUAGAAUAGACUGAUUCUGGAUCCUAGUGGAAGGGGGAUCCUCGUAGUAGGAAAAAUCAGAAGCACAAUGGAAAACUUUUGGUCUUUGCUUUUCCUCUAGAAAACAGAAGAGGGGGUUGGCUGGAUAUUUGGGUACACGUUAGGGACAGGAAAUGUGGAUCCUGAGCUCUCCAGCAUGGACUUGGAGAAGGGUAACGUCAGCAACAAAAUCCUCUGUUGCGUAUUGAGUCAUGAGCAGGAGCAGCUUUGUCACCUGCUCGAGACCCAACCUAGCAAGUUCUGCUCUUAAGACUAUUCCUGAUGACACUGGUUUUCCUUGACCAUUGGCCCUGCAGCCAUGGGGCCAAAGACUCCUAAAGCUUAUGGGGCCCUGGAGACCACCUGCGCUCAGCCUCUCCUACAGCAAAAGUCCUUGCCCGCCACAGCCUCUGCCCAGACCAGCCUUGGUUGGGCAGGGAACUUGGUGACUGAAUAAGUAGUCCCUAAGGGUGUUGGGCGACCAGCACCUUAGGCAGCUUCUCUGUAACUACUCCUGGCUCUGUAGCUCUUCCUGGGGCUGCAGCCCAAAACUCUACACCCUCUCCCCCAAAACGGUUCUUCUGCAGAGUGGCAAAGUUCACUCCCCCAACUCUUCUACAAUUCUAGCUUUUCUUCUGGCUUCAAGGUGCUCUGUGUCCAUUUGUGUGUGUCUGUUUGCGUGUCUGUGUGUACUUGGGGAAAAGGGCAAUCUGCAAACAAUCAACUGAGGUUUCUUAAUAUCAUAUUUCUAAGGAUGAGAAGGAAAGGAAUAAGGAUGUAGUUAUGAUCCCCUGUAGAUUUUGUUCAUUCAUUUCAUGCUCUUUGAACAGAAAGUUUAUCUGGGAAAGUACCAGCUUGUUUUCCCAGGGUUCUGAUUGGGAGUGCAUCAUCCAAGAAAGUUGUUAGUUUUUCACUUUCCACCCUGAAUUACCUAAAGAAAUCCGUGUGUCACAUGCACGGUUUUGGAUGAAUUUGAACAUAAUCUAGUGAAUGUGCCUUAAAAAUCAAGACACAAGUUCAAGGAAGCACGUAAGGUCCAGACCCAUGGUGAGGACAGGUGUUGGAAGCCAGGGUGUGGUCAUCACAGGCUAGAAGAGAACCUUUGGAACCUGCCUCCAUCAGUGAAAAGAAAGGCAACAACAUUGUAGAAGCAGCAGUUUUCUUCACUCUGGAAAAGCAGGGCGGUUACCUGAGAGGUAGUUGUAAACAACGUGCAGCAGUGGUGACUUCAAACUGAAAGGCCCAUGUAUCCCUCACAAUGGGGUUUCAGCUGCUAAGGGAGACGCUGGGAGAGCCAUAUUCAUGGCUGUAAUGCAAGCACAAAUUCCACCUCCUGGAGUCCCUGGUUUUCCCUCACUGCAUAAUACUGGCCCUCCCUGCUUGCCAGGCCUUCUCGCCCCAGCUGCAACACCUUGUGUGAUCUGCCAGGUGGCCCUGAGAGCACACUUUUCCAGAGAGCUCCAAUGAGUCUGCUUUCUUGUGGGGCCCAGCACUGUGCCUGGAGCCUGACUCCCCUGCCCUGGGCCCUGGUUUAUAGGCCUGUGGCAGCCCCCAGGAACAGACCAAGGGAUGGGAUCUUGUUUGAAUUUAUUGGCCACCUGUUCUUACGUACCUCCAGUUUGCAAUUUUCUGCCAUCUCAGGAUACAGGGGAGGGGAAGAGCAGAAGUAUUGGGAUAGGUUUAAUUUUUUAAAUUUUGCACCAAGUUGAGAGGCAAGUUGGUCUUAGAGAAAGCACUACUCCACUUACUAGCCAUGUGAUUUUCAGCAAACCAUGUAAUCUUUCGAGGUCUAUUUUCUCAUCUGCAAAAGGAGGAGGUCGGUCUAAAAAGCUGCAGUAGGAUUCAGGGUGAAUGAAAGUUAAUCCUUGCUUUCACCACUACUUUUUCUAGCUCAUCAUUGUGCCUUUUUUCUUUUCUAAGAAAGACAUCACACCCUUCUCCUUUGUUCUACUGUUCCUCUCUCCCCCUACCAAGGUCCAGGCGGAGCUGGAGAUUAGGCUGAGAUCGAGUUUCCUACAGGGCAACUUGGAGUGACUUAGAAAGGGAAGCCUGACUCUGCCUCUUUAAUCCUGCAUUUGUGACAAAGGGGAUUUGGUCAGGAUGGGUGAUGCCUCUCUUGCUGGGAAGACACACUUAGCCAGUUUUCAUAAUGCCUAGAAUGUGUAUGUCUAUUUGCACAAGAUUGUCUUUUCCUAUUUUCAAGUGGUCAGACAUUUUAUUUUUGCUCAAAAUUAUCUGGAGUUUUAGACAAACUUGCAAAACUGCUUUUAUUAAGUGACUUUUUGAAUAAACUCUUUGGUAUUCUGGAGCAAAUGUAUUUAUUUAUUGGUAUGUGCAAUGACAAACUUGGUAUUUUCCCAUGUUGACGUUAUGUAUGUUGUAGAAUUUGGUGUUUGUCUGAGUACAAAACAUAUACCAACAAAUUAAACUUGAAUUGUUUCAACACUGCUGUGUACCCUUUUUUUUUUUUCUUUCCCCCAUAGGAGAAAAGCAUGUUUCUCUCCUAAAGUUUUUUCCUACGCAUAAAGUUUCCUAUGCAAAACUUUCCUAAAGUUUCUGUCCUAGGAGUCUCAGGGGUGGGUAGGUGGGUGGUGGUAACAUGGGGAUCACAGCUUGUUUACAAUCAAUGGUAAGUAGGUCAAAAUCGCAUUCCCUCUAGCUGUGCUCUUCAAGUUUAUAGAUGGUUAGAACGACACCCAGAAGCUGGGAAGGGCUGGGAAAACGGUGAGGUUUGAAGGUACUUAAGUUAGAGUGAUCCUCUUUAGGGUCAGCUGGGUGAACUAGGGAGCUCUGCUGGCAUAGUGGUUGAGAGCUGUUAACCAAAAAGUUGGCAGAUUGAAUCUACCAGCUGCUCCUUGGAAACCCUAUGGGGCAGUUCU